AUUCCUCUGCAUUUUUUCUUCACUCACUCUCUCAUCCCUACUUACUUCUUCUUCUUCUUCAUCUCUCCACUUUCUCUCCCACAGAAAAACAAAAACAACAAACAGAAAAUGGUGGGUUUUUAGUUACUGAAAAUGAAAACAAAAUUCCAGUGUAAUUUAAUGUAAUGGGGAAAACUGCUAGGUGGUUUCGUGGAUUAUUAGGUGGCGGUGGUGGUGGUGCUAACAGUAAGAAAGAUGGAUUAAGUUCUUCAGAAACAACCAAACCAGGUAACAAGAAAAAAUGGGGUUUCCUUAGAUCUUUCAGAGACAAUAAAGAACCAAUUUUGGAUACAACAUCAGUAAACGAAAGAAAAGGGUCAUCAUACAGAGAAAUUUCAUCAUCUUCACUAUCAACUUCAUCUUAUUUAGUUCAUAACAGAGGAAAUGAUGAAGAUCAGAAUAAACACGCAAUUGCAGUUGCAGCAGCGACGGCUGCAGUUGCUGAAGCUGCCGUAGCAGCAGCUAAUGCUGCAGCUGCUGUUGUUAAAUUAACUAGUAGUAGUGGGCGUAAUGUUGUUACUACCACCACGGCGUAUGUUAGUACAUCUUCAUCAACCGGAGGAAAUGGUGGUGGUGGUUUGAGAAGAGAAGAAUUCUCUGCUUUGAUGAUUCAAUCCGCUUUUCGUGGUUAUCUGGCAAGAAGAGCUUUACGGGCCCUGAAAGGAUUGGUAAAGCUUCAAGCAUUGGUGAGAGGGCACAUUGUCAGAAAGAAGACAACAGAUACACUACGAUGCAUGCAAGCGCUUGUAAGAGUACAGGUCCGAGCAAGAUCCGGUCGUAAUCAUAGUUCAGAAUUUCGAUAUCAUCACAGCCGCAAACCUUCCCUAUCUCACCAACCUGGUCCUGGAACUCCUGAGAAGUAUGAGCGUGGCAUUCGCUCAAAUAGUACGAGGCAUGAACGCUCGUCAUCCCUGAAGAGGAAUGGCUCACAUUCAAAUCCUAGAGAGAUUGUUGAUCCUGAAAGAGCUCAAACAGGUUGGAAUUGGCUAGACCACUGGAUGGACGAGAAUCAAAAUAGAAGAGUUGGGCCACUUGAUGAUGAAAAGAGUGAUAAAAUUCUCGAAAUAGAUCCCGGGAAACCCCAUGGUAACUCAAAACUCAGGUACUCCUCAUCUGCAAGGCAUACCUCAAAUCAAGAUCGAGCCAGUCACAGCUAUACAACAAUGGAUUCACCCUCUAAGGACUCCACAACUGCCCAACUAUCAGCUCCAAGUACAUCUUCUGGCGAAGUUCAAUCUGUUAGCCGCAGAAAGUUUCCACGUGAAGUUGAAGAAGCAGUUUUCCGCACAGCUGACAAUAGCCCGCAGUUCUACUCAGCAUCUUCACGGCCUGGUAGUGAAAGGAGAGGUCCCUUCACACCUGCAAAAAGCGACUGUUCAGGAAGUUUUCUAAGUGGGUAUUCAGAUUACCCCAAUUACAUGUCGAAUACUGAAUCAUUCAAAGCUAAAGUCAGAUCACAAAGUGCGCCUAAACAACGGCUCGAAUUUGAAAAAUCUAGUUCAAUAAAGAAGUAUUCUAAUCUCGGCUUGGGCGAGUUUAGGUCGUCAAGUACUCAAAGAAGUUCAACAUUGCAUACCAACUUCACAAGCAAGGCUUAUCCUGGUUCAGGCAGAUUGGAUAGACUUGGAAUGCCAGUUCGUAGUAGUCACGAAACUGUCGUAAACGGUAACAUAUAGUAGAAUUAAAAGUGUGAAUGUAUCUCUCUUUUACUAGGGUUGUCUUAUGCUUACUGUCUUCUGUUGUUAGAAAGGUGUAAACCCUCUUACUUUAUACUAUGUUUUGUGAUUUUAUCUAAUAUUUCAGCUCCCUGCAAAGAAAGAAUUGCUAAUGAAUUUUGGCAAA